AUGUCACAGCAAGGACCAGCUUUUGAUGUGAACGCAAUGACCUUAACCAGAUGGGUUUUGGCUCAACAAAAAACGGCACCACUAGCUACUGGAGACUUAACACAACUCUUAAACUCCAUACAAACAGCAGUCAAGGCUAUACAAACAGCUGUGAGAAAAGCCGGCAUCGCUAAAUUGCAUGGAAUCUCAGGAGAUACGAAUGUUCAAGGCGAAGAAGUUAAGAAACUGGAUGUUCUCUCAAAUGAACUUUUCAUCAAUAUGCUUAUAUCGUCAUUCACUACUUGUUUGCUCGUCUCUGAAGAAAAUCCUAAGGCUUUACAGGUGGAAACAGAAAGACGUGGAAAAUACAUAGUAUGUUUCGAUCCCCUCGACGGCUCGUCAAACAUUGACUGCCUUGUAUCAGUCGGCUCCAUUUUCGCAAUAUACAAAAAAACAUCAGAUGGAGAGCCAUCCGAGUCAGAUGCACUGCGUCCAGGCAACGAGCUGGUGGCGGCGGGCUACGCGCUGUACGGCUCCGCGACCAUGCUCGUCAUAUCCUUGGGGAAGGGCAAAGGCGUCAAUGGGUUCAUGUACGACCCUUCCAUUGGAGAGUUUAUUUUAACUGACCCUAACAUGAAGAUACCGGAUAGGGGCAAGAUAUAUUCUAUAAAUGAAGGAUACACAGCAGAAUGGUCAGAAGGUUUGAAAAAUUAUAUAGAGGAAAAGAAAAGACCUAAAACAGGUAAAGCAUAUGGCGCGAGAUAUGUCGGCUCGAUGGUGGCCGAUGUGCAUAGGACGAUCAAAUAUGGCGGCAUUUUCUUGUAUCCGGCUACUAAAUCCGCUCCGAAGGGAAAGUUGCGUCUCUUAUACGAGUGUAACCCGAUGGCGUUCAUAGUGUCGGAGGCAGGCGGUCUUGCUUCUAGCGGAACCAAACCCAUACUCGACAUACAACCCACGUCAAUACACGAACGCGUCCCGUGCUACCUUGGCUCUAAACUGGAUGUUGAAGAGUUGCUGAACUUCCUUAAG